AAGAAUACAACAUAAUUGCCUGUCUGAAAGGAAAACAUAGGGUUCUAAGUGGCCCCUAAGGUUCCGGGAGGAAAUUCCGUGACCUGUAGCAGACAUAGUUUUAAGCACUCAAGAUCCAAAGCCAUUAGAUUCAAGCUUGGCAUUGCAUAGAUGGAUGACCAUUGAGGAUGGUCUGAUCUGAUGAAGGUUUACAUGAAGUAUUCCCCUCUUUACUUUCCUUAUGUAAAUCAACAUCCCUCCUCAUUGAAGUGACAACUUUGCAAUUGACCUUUAAAUAAAACUACGCCUGCUUCUUGCGAAAGAGGAAAGAAAAGAGGGGUGCUCAAGUGGCCAUCUGAAACCGAAAGUUUAAAUGUCCCCACAUAAAAGGUUUGUGACCCCCUUUUUGUCUGUAACAAUGAAGCUCAACUGUCUAUAUAUCUACUUCAGAAAUCUUAGCUUCUUAAGGUGCCAAAUUGAAGCUUUAUGGCUCACAAUUUAGACAUAUAAUUAUAUAAAAGUAUAAAUAUUAUAGAUCCUAAUAAUAGCAAAUUAGGCAGAAAAGGGCAAGCUACAGGUAAAAGUUGCAGAAGAAGAUUAGAAGAUUUCAGCCUUACCCAGGGCGCUCUGCAUCUAUAUUUGGAGAAACGCUGAAUCAACAAUUUUAUCACAGGUAAAUACACAAAUCUAAAAUAUCAGUGUUACCAAUGGGACUUCCUAGAGUGAUUGCCAAACUUAACAACUUGAAGUCAGUCUCAAGCUCAACUUUUGAUGAAGACAGGAGCACAAAUUGGCAUUCAUAUGACUCGUGGCUAGAGAAGCACCCUUCUGCUUUGGACAAAUUCCAGAAGAUGAUGCAUGGAGCUGAGAACAAAAAGAUUGUUGUGUUCUUAGAUUACGAUGGAACCCUUUCACCAAUUGUUAAUGACCCUGAUGUUGCCUUUAUGACUGACAAGAUGCGUGCUGUGGUGCAUGAAGUUGGCUGUUGUUUCCCAACUUCAAUAAUCAGUGGAAGGAGCAGAGAAAAGGUAUAUGAUUUUGUCCAAUUGGACAAUAUUUACUAUGCUGGUAGUCAUGGGAUGGAUAUAAUGGCCCCAUUGCAGCCACUAAGGAUUAGAGAUUGGAAAUAUCAUGCAAAAGCAGUUGACCUAAAGGGAAACAAGCUUGUCAUCUAUCAACCAGCAAACAAGUAUUUGUCUGAAAUUAAUCAGAUCCAGAUGUCACUAAAAGAGAAAACUGCAGCAAUUGAUGGUGUGAAUAUUGAAGACAACAAGUUCUGUAUGUCUGUCCACUUCAGAAAUGUAUCAGAUGAGGACUUGGGCUCAUUAGAAGAGGAAGUGAAGUCUGUACUUGAAGAGCAUCCACACUUUCGGCUAACAAGAGGUAAAAAGGUCUUGGAAAUACGACCCCCUAUUGACUGGGAUAAGGGUCAUGCUCUAGAAUAUUUACUUGAUAGCCUCGGGUUGGGUAGCUCCAAUGACGUUCUCCCAAUAUACAUAGGAGAUGACACAAGUGAUGAAGAUGCCUUUGAGCUUAUACACCGAAAGAGACAAGGCUAUUCCAUCAUCGUCACAUCCAUCCCAAGAGAAACAUGGGCAUCGUACUCCUUGUAUGACACAACAGAAGUCAUGUUAUUCUUAGAAUACCUAGCCAAGUGGAAGAGCAUCAGCUCGGCAAGUUAGUACCACAAUGUUCAGAAAGGACUCGGUACAUUCACAACAAAAAGGCCUAGCCACCAGAUCUCCAAGUCAGCCAAAGGAAAUCGCUAUCGACAGAUCCUAAGACCGCUUAUUUCUCUACUUGAUAAUCAUACAUGAAACUAAUCGCAAAAAAAGGCGAAGUCUACUCAGAAUGAUCUUCAAAAUCAUGAAGUAAACCCAUAUUUGGCUCUAUAAAUUUUGGCAUCAAUAUUCAAUAACAAAUGAUGCCUAUAGAGGUCAAUAGCUAGGUUUUCCCGAGAUUUUCUAAAUAUGAUAAUAUUGUAUGAUAAAUGUGCAACUCUUAUUAAUUUGUUGCUUUCAACAAUCUUCUCAUUCA